AUGUCCGGAAAGGUGGAGACUGUCGGAGAGGAGCCGACCCCGGCCCGGGAGGAGGAUAUCGAGAAGAUCCCCGCACGGGUGGACAACCCGGAGCAAAAGAUCUCGGACCAGAUAUCCCACGAGAAGCUUGAGGAGCUGGCACCCAAUGGAGAAGGAGAGUACAUCUUGGAGAAGAUCAAUGAGAUGACGGAGGAGGAUGCCCUUGAAAUCAUUGAAGAAUCCGUCGAGUUCUUCAAGGACGACUGGAACUUCCCGUCCGAUAUGAGAGAAAGAAUGAAGAAGCUGCUCGAGGGGCCCAAAAAGUACGGGGAGAACUACGACCGCGACUUGAGGAUCGAUGCCGUCAUGAUCCGUUUCUCCUCGCCCUACCCUGGUGUGCGCGCCGUGGCCGAGAUUCUGGACGACCAGAGCGUACCCAUUGAGACGUUUCGGGCGUAUUUCUUGGGCAUAGGCUGGGCCAUCAUCGGAACUUUCAUCUCGACGUUCUUCAACUCAAGGUUCCCCGCCAUCAGCUUAAGUGGUCAGGUUAUACAGAUCCUGCUAUUUCCAUGCGCCAAGGUCCUCGAGUUCGUCCUCCCCGAUUGGGGCAUCACCGUCCGCGGCACACGGCACUCCCUGAACCCAGGACCGUGGAACUUCAAGGAGCAAAUGUUUGCUACCAUCACAUACAACAUUGCCAUCUACACCACCAACAGUUACGGCAUGAUCCUAGUGCAAAAGUCGCCAGUAUACUACGGUCUCGACUUCGUCAAUUUUGGGUACCAGCUGAUGCUUACCCUCUUUGUGCAACUCAUGGGAAUGGGAUUCGCCGGGUAUCUCAGAAGGUUCAGCGUGUACCCCGUUAAGGCUCUCUGGCCGACGAUCCUGCCGACAAUCGCCAUGAACAGAGCACUCACCAGGCCGGAACCGAGAGAGAACAUCAACGGGUGGACAAUCUCGCGGUACAAGUUUUUCUACGUCGUGACCAUCUGCAUGUUCUUCUACUACUGGUUCCCAGGCUACAUCUUCACGGCUUUGGCGACGUUCAACUGGAUGACUUGGAUCUCACCCCAGAAUGUGACGCUAGCAAUCAUCACAGGAUCCUCGCUUGGUCUUGGAUUGUUCAACCCCAUCACCACGUUUGACUGGAACCCGUUCUUCGCGACGUGUACAAUGUACAUCGGUGCCAUUCUGGGUGGUGUCAUCAUCAUUGGUAUUUACUACACCAACAUGUACAACACGGCGUACCUCCCAAUCAACUCUUCAUCUGCAUUCGCCAAUGACGGCACGCCGUAUGUGGUGCAGAAUGUGGUUUUCAACAACCAACUCAACGAGACCGCGUAUCAAGAAUACUCUCCGCCGUUCUACUCAGCUGGCUAUCUGCUCACAGUUGGCGCCAACUACUGCUUUUAUCCGAUCUACUUUUUGUACAUCAUGGGAAACCAAUGGAAGACAAUCUCCCAAGCAUACAUCGACUUCUACAAAGGCCUCCGCCACGGUAAGGGCAACUACGAAGGCGCAAUGGACAUCCACAGCAGACUCCUCGCAAAGUACCCCGAGGUCCCAGACUGGUGGUUCCUCAUCAUCCUCGUCGCCGCCAUCGUCGUCUCCGUCAUCUUCCUCAACAUCUAUCCGCUCGGCACCCCCGUCUGGAUCGUCUUCCUCAUGAUCGCCAUCAACCUCGUCUUCGCCGUGCCUCUCUCCUUUUUAUCCGCGACGACGGGCACGAACCUCGGCCUCGGCGCACUCAUCCAGGUCAUCACGGGCUAUCUCCUCCCCGGCAACACCAACGCCUUCCUCUUCUCCCAGACGCUGGGUUCGUGGGCGCUUGCGGGCUAUGGCGACAAUUACGUCCAGGAUCAGAAGAUGGCGCACUAUGCCAAGAUUGCACCGCGCGCCGUGUUCCGGAGCCAGAUUGGAACUAUUAUUAUCACUUGCUUCGUGGCUGUUGCUACGCAGAACUUCAUCUUGGAGAAUGUCAAGGGGUUGUGCACCCCGACGCAGCCUAGUCGAUUCACUUGCGCCAACGACGGUGCACCUCUCUACACGAACAGCUUGAUGUGGGGGUGCUUCCUCUUUGGAACGCUCAUUGCCAUUGUUUUCCUAGUCGGUCAAGGCUACGGUCCCAAGUAUCUCCCAGGUGUCCGAGAGAAGCUACGACUUAAGCUGAGCCCAAAGACAUUUGCUCGUCUGGACAAGACUCUCUUCCCCUUUGUGGCCUCUUUGCUAUGGCUGAACCCGGUCCUUGUCAUCCAAGGCAUUCAGCAUUGGGCACCGUCGAACUUGUCGUACAAAACACCUGGCUUCAUUCUCGGAUACAUCUUCAUGUACUGGCUUCCUAGGCAUCGUCUGGCCUGGUGGGAAAAGUACAACUACGUCCUGUCAGCUGCCUUGACUGCCGGAGUUGCCGUUUCAGCGCUGGUGAUGUUCUUCGCUGUUGGAUAUAACCCAAUAGCCUUCAAAUGGUGGGGGAAUACGGUGAGCGGUGCAGGAGUUGAUGGAUCUCAGAUCGGAAUUCUCCCCAUUCCCGAGAGAGGGUACUUUGGGCCUGAGAAGGGUAGCUUCCCGACAUAG